GAUUUAGAUGUCAGUCAAAUCGCGAAUGGCAUCUAAUUUUUUUUUUUUUACAGCCCAUGGCUGUGGCACGGUAGCCUGAAGCCGACGAAUUCCCCCGGUCUACACGAAAGUAGCGUGAGGGAAAGAAAAUGGUGGACGCGCUGGAACUUCCCAUCAUCGACUUGUCCUCGCCCGAUCGCAUAUCCACGGCUAAUUCAAUCCGUCAGGCAUGCAUGGAAUAUGGUUUCUUUUACCUUGUGAAUCAUGGAGUGGAGAAAGAGUUGCUUGAGAGAGUGUUCAAUGAGAGCAGAAAAUUCUUCUCGCUUCCCCUGAAGGAGAAGAUGAAACUGGCUCGCAAGGAACAUCGAGGUUACACACCAUUGUAUGCUGAGAACCUAGAUCCUUCCUCAAGCUUUAGAGGUGACUCAAAGGAGUCCUUUUACAUUGGUCCUCUGGAUGACGCUACAGCUCAGACUAAUAUAAAUCAAUGGCCAUCUGAAGAAGUUCUGCCAUUUUGGAGGCCCACAAUGGAAUCUUACCAUGAAAAAGUCCUGACUGCUGGAAAAAGGCUACUCUCUUUGAUUGCUCUUUCUCUGAACUUGGAUGAUGAUUUCUUUGAAGAAGUGGGGGCUUUGGAUUCACCAAUGUCAUUUCUUCGUCUGCUGCAUUAUCCAGUUUGUCUUUUUUGGAUUUCAGGCGAACUGGAGUUUUCUGAUGAAGAAAUAUAUGGUGCUUCAGCUCAUUCCGAUUAUGGAAUGAUCACUCUUUUGGCAACCAAUGGCGUUCCUGGACUGCAGGUGUGCAGAGAAAAGUUUAAGCAACCUCAAAUUUGGGAGGAUGUGCCUCAUAUCAGUGGGGUCUUCAUUGUUAACAUCGGAGACAUGAUGGAGAGGUGGACUAAUUGUUUGUUCAGGUCAACACUGCACAGAGUGAUGCCAACAGGACUAGAACGCUAUUCGUUGGCUUUCUUCUUGGAUCCCAACCAAGACUGUGUGGUGAAAUGUCUGGAAAGUUGUCAGAGUGAGUCAUCUCCUCCAAGAUUUCCCCCAAUCCGCAGUGGGGACUACCUGAAGGAGAGACUAAGGCUUACUUAUUCCUCCUAGGAUAAUAAGUCUAAGCCAAAUGUGACUAAUGUAGAUGAAAGACCAUCCCAAGCCAAGAGCCAAGAUCAAAGACUCCAUUUGGUGCUAUAAAGAAUAUCUUUGCUUGGAAAUAGUCCUCAAGGCUGCAAUCAUGUGUCCUUUUCUUUUGCAGUUGGACUUGGACUACUCUAUGGGAGGUGAUUCAUCUCGUAUCCUUUCUCAUUUCUUCCAGCAAACCCAAGGCCUCCAAUAUGAAAAUCGCAAUAUUCAACCAAGAUGCCUCCUAUUGCGUGUGUUUUCCUCUUGAACUCUGUUUCGGAAACUUUUGUAGUGUUUUGUUUUGUUCCCGCGUUUGCGUGAUUGAAUGGAAUGAGGAUGGAAUAAGAGGAAAAAUUGAAUAAAAAAGUGCAAAAAUUAAAUGACAAAUUUGAUUUCAUUCCA